CUGAGUGUUUGUUCAACGUGAUAUGAAAUAUGACCUUUGUUUAUUUUUUCACCUUAAUUUUUAUCAAAAAUGCUGCAGCUCUGGAUAUUACAGCCGCAUUUGAAAAGGGACUUUUUGAAAAACUACAUUUAGAAGAAGAUAAUCUGAGGCCAACCACCUUUGAUCCAUAUCGGAAACCAAGCCAAGCCUAUUUCUGGAACAGAGAAUGGUUCAAGUCUGAGAAGAGCAAUGUGGAACUUGAGUUCAAUAUUCAUAAUCUUCAUGAAAACUUCUUUUUUCCAGGUUUGUCUCUGAUUGUUCUGAAAACAACAUUUGAAAAGAGACAAGUUAAAGAUGAUGAUGAUGAUAUCGAAAUAUACCUCAGUAAAAACAACAAGUCUGAUAAACUGAAGGAUAACGAGGAUGAUGAAGAUAAUAAGCCUGAUGGAAAAAUAACAAAAUCACAUGAUUUCCCCAAAACAGGAUAUUCAGAUGAACAUGUAUUUCAAACAUGGUCCAAAAGCUAUGAAGAUUCAAAUUAUACUAUCAAGAUAAUGAUAAAUAACUUGAAAUCCUUGGAGAAUAUAUAUUUUGUGGUGACUGCAUACAGAAUAAGUAGAAACUUGGGCAAUACUCGAUCAUGUGAAGACAACAGUAGGGAAAAUGAGUGGUUUGACUGUAACAGAAGCAACGUUGAAAAUCUACUAUUGUGCAUCAGCGAUGAACUAACUUGUAACACUCUGCCCAACUGUGCCAGCACCCAGCUGCCCAACCCAGAUGAAAACUGUGAAUAUCAGAUCAGUUUUGAGAAUGCGUUAAAGUUGCUUCUGUACACUGUAACAGUCGUCUUCUUCCUGAUAUUGGUGGCUGGGAGAUUGUCGAGUGUAUGAUUGUUUAUUUCUGCAAAAUUAGGUCUGUACAGUGUACAGUAAACAUCUUUUAUUAAGGCUGUCUUACUCCCGAUGCGCUCCAAUUUAUGGGAAAUUUCGUCUUCAAGCUAAAAUCCCUAAAUGAAGAGACUGAUUAUGGGGCAGUGUGCAUAUGGUAGGGUGAUCAGAGAUGAUAUUUUAAAAGCUUAAACCCGACUAAAACCCAGUCUUAGCGUCUGCUUAGACCCAAGUAAAGCUCAAGUCAAGACACGGGUUUUGAAUGGCCUUGAGUUUAGUAAAAACCAACCCUCUUGGGUUUUACUCUCUUUAAGACUGAAGUCUUCAGCAGCACAUGAUUGUAACUUUCAUAAAAUCUUUUAUUACAUUUAUAAUCUCGGGAAUUAUUUGUGGUGUCAAAUUUUAUUAAUUAUAUAAAAUAAACAUACUAUGAUAUAAUGCAUCUACAUAAAGUUUGAAUUAUCGAAAUUUACAUCUCCUUGUCACAGCUCAUCUGACAGCAUUCUGUCUUCUACAGAGAGAAAGCUUGCAAAACAGUCUCUCAUUGGUCGAAUCAGAAACAAUCCUGACUUGGGUUCUAUCUAAGCCCGAGUUUGGGUUUUAGUUGGGUUUAAGCUUUUAAAAUAUCAUCUCAGUUGUAAUUACGUAUGGCGUAAAUACGUAAUUACGGUCAGGGGCAUAAAUAAGGAUUCUACACGGGGGGGGUAAAUUUUUUUAAUGUGGUGCGCGAAGAGCGUCAAUUUUUUUUUACCCCACUCUAGAAUUGUUUUACCCUCCCCUAGAAAAAUAUCAUGAUGUUUAUCAAAUUAUUGAUUUUAGUUGGGGUUGAUUUGCAUUUUCCACUCAUUUCUG